GCAAUUUAUUUUCUUUUAAACAAUGAAGGCCGUAACUAAGCCGUAGUUCUGGCCGUCGAUCCUCGUGGCAGCCACCCAGCCGGUUUUCUGGUACCAGACGGAUCUGAACAACUCAAAGGGAGUGAUUGCCGUUGCGGAGGCUAUACUUUUCUCCACCACUCAACCCCGGAGUUUAACAUCACAACCCGGUGAUUUGAUCAUUCACGAACACAAAGGUAUGUAUGUGAUUCACACUCACAGAUCGAUAGAAUAUCGCAAUCCACUGUUCUACAAGUCUAUUCAGCCAUCCAAAAGCGAUAUCACAUCAUCACCGGAUCACGUAACAAUCCCGGAGUUACUGUGAGUCCCCCCUCCUAAGUCCCUUCAAUUACUUUUUUUUUUCUUCAAAUGGAACCUAAAUCCCCUUCGAAAGCCAAGCUUCCAAUUCUGGGAUUUUUUCAUCAUUUUAGAGUAUUAAAAUCCGGCAUCGUCAUUGUAUUAUUAGUACUACUGUUGAUAUUAAUUGGGUAUUAUUACCUUAUUCGUAAUCCGCGAUUUCCCACAUAUUUCACUGUUGUAAUCGACUGUGGAAGCAGUGGGACUAGAGUAAAUGUAUACGAGUGGAUGUGGAUGUCUAAUCGGAAUCCAGAAUUACCGAUUUUACUUCAUUCUUUUCCUGAUAAUUCAACAAAAAACCAUGAUCGGAAACACGGUUGUGCAUACCAUUGUAUGCAAACCGAGCCUGGUUUAGAUCAAUUUGUCGGGAAUUCUUCCGGCGUAAGGGCAUCUUUGGAGCCAUUAAUUCGUAGAGCUGAAAAAUGGGUACCUUAUGAAAGACAUAAAGCUACUCCAAUCUUCGUAUUAGCUACAGCCGGAUUAAGAAGAUUAGGUGAACAUAUCGCUAGUAGGGUUUUGGAUGAUGUUGAAGGUGUAGUCAAGUUACAUAAGUUUAAUUACAGAAAAGAUUGGAUUAGGGUAUUGAGUGGGAGAGAAGAAGCUUAUUAUGGUUGGAUUGCUUUAAACUAUCACAUGGGUGUUUUCAAAAACUCAUCAAGAUUGCCCACAUUAGGGCUUCUUGAUCUUGGAGGUUCUUCAUUGCAGGUAGCAACAGAAAUCAAAGAGCCAACUGCUGGUGUUUUUAGAUCAAAUAUUGGUUCUUUUGAAAUAUUCGCGGAUUCAUUACCCGAUUUUGGGUUAAAUGAAGCUUUUGAUAGAAGUGUGGCUAUGCUGAGUCAUUCUCAUUCACGAAAGGGCGAUUUGGGAAUUUAUGAGAUUGGUCAUCCCUGUCUUGGUGAUGGAUUUAUGCAAAACUACACUUGCCAUGGAUGCUUGGAAAACAAGAUUUCUUCAUUGCAUUUAUUUGGAGAACCAAAUUGGGAAAAAUGCAAAGGGCUAGCAAGAGCUGCAGCCAUUAAACUAAAUGGUGAAAAGAUGGUGAAUUUGAUUGGAGGGAGUCACUCUGUUGCACGUUUCCAUGCGUUAUCUGGAUUCUUUGCUGUUUACAAUUUGUUAAACUUAAAUGCAGAAGAAGCAAAUGUGUCAAAGAUUUGGGAGAAAGUGAUUGAAAAUGUGGUUUGUGUUGGUGAUAAAGAUAUUAUAUUUGGGCCUGGGGAUGUUUCUUGGACCUUAGGAGCUGCAUUGGUUGAAGGGAAAGAUUUAUGGGGUGUUGACGCUUCAAAAGCAAAGACCAGAUUAAGCUCCCCAUGUUAG